UGCGCUUUUUAAUUCGUGGCAGAUCAUUUUUGUACGACCGCGCUGUCCGUAGUUUGCAUCCGUAAUAUAACAUGGCGCCGCUCUCUUCAACACAUCAUGUGUAAAGCAAGGAUAAAUGAUGCGUUGGGGACAAAUAUGUUGAAAGCAAUAGCUGAUAGUAGUUGAUUAAUAAAAACUUUUGAACCGUUGAAGAACGAAAGGGAUCUCGUAGUGGACGUGGAAGCGGAACUAUGGGGUUGUAUCAUUUACUGUGUUGCCCCAGCGUUGCACGCCAAAAACUGUUAAAGUCAAUGACGACUUACACGCUUAGUUUCGGUUCCAACUUAAGAUCGUUCAAUGUACAAACAAAGCCAGGCGUAUGUAACGUUUUACUAAAGACCAACAAACAGCAAACUAUUUAUCGCCCAUUUUCCAUCUCUACAGCUGUCACUAAAGAUGUCAUUCUGUUUGAACACAACCGAACCAGGUUCUUUCGCCUCUUAACAGUCUUCUGUGGCGGUCAGGUUCUUUUCUGGACAUACCUGGCCUACUUUGCUUUCACCGGCCUACGAGAUACAAGUGGAAAAAAAGUAGAGACAACUGGUUUGGCAGGCUUUUGGAGUUUUGAAAUGAACUUGGGGUCUGUUGCUUGGAGAUACGGUUUCACGUUGACUUGUCUUGUUAUUGGAGGAGGAAUUGGGGGAUUUGGUGCCCUUUUCUGUCGCCGGUCAGUCAGUCAAGUGAUUUUGCACAAGGGAGGUUCAAUGGUCACAGUCACCACCCAGUCCCCUCUGGGAGCAGACAGAGGCAGGCGAAUGACCGUCCCCCUAUCAUCUGUGACCUGCCAUGCCCACAGACAGGAGUCUCCAUCUUUCAUUCCGCUCCGGAUGAAAGACCACAAGUUCUAUUUCCUAUUGGAUAAGGAAGGGACACUGAACAAUCCCAAACUGUUUGACAUUACCGUCGGGGCCUAUAGACCAUUGUAACAUUAGGCCUAAUUUUCAACUGCAAUAUGUUGUAUUGUGAUGUUAAGGAGACCACAUCCGGAAGUAUUUUGUUUUGUUGUUUAGAACAUGGAAUAAAUUGUGAAUGUGA